UAUCGUCGUGCAUGUACUGUACGUAUGGUGCAAACUACGCACGGAUACGCAUAAUGUAACAUCACAAAGUAGCUUCACGCAUCGGGUGCUAUUUUGAACCCACUGCAUAUUAUGAUUCAGAAUCCUUUACAUGGGUAUGCGCGUGUGUUUGUUUAUUAUUUUCAAAACCACAUAAUGAAUGACAGGUAAUUCGAGCAGGAUAUUGUGUAUCAGGGCCGCCAAAGAUGAGCACGGUUUCGAGUGUUGCCAGCACGAUAGCGUCUACCACCGAUAAUUCUCCAUUCAACACAACCUGCCCGGUAUAUGUCGUCCACAAACAUGUGAUGCCAAACGACUGGGACGAUCCAAUCUGGAUCCUAACUAGUGCCUUUGUGAUAUUUACAAUGCAAUCCGGGUUUGGUUUGCUGGAAAGCGGUACAGCUACAUCCAAGAAUGAAGUCAACAUUAUGGUUAAGAAUGCCGUUGAUGUUAUAUUUGGAGGUAUCACCUACUGGAUGGUGGGGUACGCUUUUAGCUUCGGUGAUCAGGAACACGAAAACAAAAAUGCCUUCUCAGGAUAUGGCAACUUCUUUCUGGACGUGGAGGCUGACGACACUGGUAUUGGACAGCGUUACUCUCAUUUCAUCUUCCAAUUGGCCUUUGCAACGACGGCCACCACCAUCGUGUCCGGAGCCAUGGUGGAGCGCACGCGCCUGGAGGCUUACAUCAUCUUUUCUCUGCUCAACACUCUCAUCUCUAGCUUCCCUUCCCACUGGGUGUGGGCCAAAGACGGGUUUUUGUUCAAGAUGGGCGUGGUGGACGUUGCUGGGGGCGGACCAGUCCAUAUUGCUGGCGGGGUGACGGGUCUUGUAGCGACCCUGAUGCUUAAACCACGUCACAGAAGGUACAAGACCUCGGAUCCGCCUCCCAUGGGUUCGCCUACUAACGCCAUAUUGGGCAUGUUUAUGCUAUGGUGGGGCUGGUUGGGAUUUAAUUGUGGAAGUACACAAGGAAUAACCAAGGAUAAGUGGGCGUUGGCUGCAAGAUCUGCGGUUGCGACAAUAUGCUCUUCAAUGGCUGGAGGAAUCGGGGGUAUAACCUUGAGUUACUUGACGAAACGAAGAAAGUUCGAUAUUGGGUACUUGAUUGACGGAGUGUUGGGCGCGUUAGUAUCAAUCACAGCUAUGUGCACACUGUGCCCUCCCAAGUUCUCCUUGGUCAUUGGUCUGAUAGGAGGAUGUAUUGCCUGUGGGGGCGUGGAGCUGCUCAACAAACUGAAGAUUGACGAUCCAGUGGGCGUGGUCCCCGUCCACUUCUUCUGCGGUGCAUGGAGUCUCGUCGCCGCAGGACUCUUCGUGAAACACGACAGCAUUGAGGAGACCAACAACGGGACAAUCCAACAUGACGGACUCUUCAUGGGUGGAGGACCGGCCUUGUUGGGUAUUCAGCUUUUGACCGUCGUUUGCAUCACAGCUUGGUGUGGUAUCAUCGCCUGUAUUAUACUAAAGAUCAUAUCCCUUACAAUCGGCCUGAGGUUUCCCUUUCAUGAGGAGCUUCUGGGUGCUGACAUGGUAGAGCACUCCAUCGGUCCGCGCAAAUACGAUAAGAUCAAGAAACGUUUGACAGAUUCGGCCAGAUACAGGCGCUUCGAGCAGCCCCGUCGGCGGAUUCACUCGUCCAUGCGGCAGGCUGAAGAUUUCCUGAGCAUGCGCGACACCAGCGUGGAGACUAGUUACGAUGACGUCAUCAGACGCUUUCAGGACCGGGAAUGUGACGACCGGAACCGGUCUGGUGCGCGAAAGUUGCGCUUUAACCCCGCCAGGGGGGACGCUGUGUUCACCAUCAGUAAUGGGAAUUCUCAUGCAACAGUCAUCGAGGAGGAACAUCCGAACGGUGACGUCACUGCUCCAGAUGGGGUGGACGCAGGACCGACUAACAAGGAUGAAAACGAUAAUAGCGUCUCAAACAAAAAGCGACGAAUCAGUACCCAGUUGAUACGAGGCGCCUUUAGACGCAGGAAAAAGGUGCUGCCAAAAUGGCAGCGAAAACUUGGCAUCGAGAACGUAGCCUACAUAGACAAUGAACGAGCUAUGAAGAUGAAAACGAGGAAAGCGCGGGACGUUCAGUUUGCGGCCGAGACAAGUCAUGAGAUUGGCGAGGAAGUUGCAGAAAACGGUUCUGUGGUCAUUACGUCACGUGACGACUUGCGCAGUAGUCCAUGUAGUGUUAGUGUUCAGGCAGGCCCAUCAUCAACUCGCAUUGUUAUGGUCGAUCAGAGCACCCAGACACACCCAGUUGCCGAUAUGUGCUCAACGUUCGUUCAAACAAGUGCAGAGGACAUUUUCCUGCGCAGUAUCGGUAUCGAUGCUGACUGCAGCUCCAUAGAGAUGGAAGUUAGCUUCGAUAUGGAUGACAAGAUAGAUACUGAUGCUACGCAACACCCAAGGCAGAAGAGUUUUGCUAUCGAAGAGAGUGGACAUGGAAUGAAAGAUGCUUUUAUAAGUCGAAAAGCCAAUUCACGAAUUGAAUAUUUAGUUUGAGGAAAGAACACUGCCGGAACUGUACCUCCAAACGACAGCUGCGUAAUUUUUUUCUAAUGCAAUGUUUGCUUUCUUAACACGUUAUAACAGUUGCAAGCAGUUAUAUUAACUAACUGCAAAGCAUAAUGUCUACUUGGUAAAUGAUUGUAGAGGGCGUUGUAGGCUAUGAAGAUGUUGGCUGGUAAGCAGUCGAUUAGGCACGACGAAUCGCGCGCAUACCAAGAUGUCAAAAUGAGCACCUGCACUUCAAGCAGUUAUAGGCCUACUGCGCUAAAUUAUCCGUAGAUCGUUUCAUUCGAUCCAUUUAUAUUCUCAUGAUACAGAUGCGACCACACUAUUCUCUCGACCUUGAGAAGGGGCGGUGUUUUAAGAAGUAGUGCAGACCCUAAUCACAAGGGAGGCAUGUUUGAUCAUGUUCCCUGAAUCUCGUUCAAUAUAAUCUGUCAAAUGUAGUGGUGCCGGACUAUGUUGGGUUCCAUGCGCCACUGCCAUUUUCAAAUUCUGCUUAGAACGUAUAGAUAUCACAAAUUUAUAUAGUUCAUGUAAUUAAUCUGUAAUGAAAGUUUUCGUUGGUUUCAUUUUGUUCUUGGGUUCCCAAAAAGAGUUAACCUCGCUUUCAAUUAAAUAUGGCCGACUUGCAAAUGAGGUCAAUUACUUUUACGUCUUAACAAGAAAAAUACUAAAGUUUCCCAGUGCUUACAAAAAUUAUCCCCACUUCCUUUGUAUAUUUUCAGCGUAACAAAAUAAGUUAUGACGCUUCGCUUUGGGCCUGUGGGCAUCUGAAACCCCUUUUCUUGAUAGUACGGUUUUCGCAAAUAUUUCCCCCACCGUGCAUGUAUCUACCAAUGGAUAAGACGUCCUUUUCUUUUUAAAUUAUAUUGAUAAGACCAAAUGCCUUAAAAUUAGCAAACCUGCAACUAUACUUAUAGUUGGAGAACGCUUUUACACAUUAUUUUGGUUUAAUUUUCAUCAGUGAAGCAAAAUGUAUUUUUACAGGUGACUGGAAAGUACAACUUUCCAACAUCAUGCUAAAAGCCUAUUAUUGUCAUUUUUAAAGGUUUAUUGGCUUUGAACCAUUAUUUAAAGAAUUGUGCUGUAAUUCAUUUCAGCCAUAACCCCUCACCGUAAAGAGACUACGAUGGAUGUCUCAAGGCACCAUGUAGAGUUGACUUUAGUGAAAAAUCUUCUACCCCAAAAAAGAAAUAGCGUCACCAGUGACACGUAUGAAAGGAAGGUAAUCCCAAAAUAAUAGUGAGCCUGAAGCUAAACCUUCAUCCUGUUACUUAACUGAUGUGUAAUUUCGCCCAUUAUCUGUUCAGUUAAGAUUCGGUUAAAAUCUAUGACAUUAAUUAAUUGGAAAUUAUAAUAUUCUUUGCUGAAAUGGAUCUUUCUAGGACAACUAACACUUCCUUUUAAUAUCAGCGCAUAUUUUUGUGUUUUAGUCGUGAAAGAACACACAAAAGCAAGACCUCGAUGUCCUAUCUAAAGUGACAGGAUGUCAGCCAGCAUCUAAGUGGAAAUAGAUACAUAUUUCCAAUUCAGCAUGACCCAUCUUGGAGUUUCUGACUAAUCAUUUCCAAUAGAUACGCGAUAAAAUCUUCUUCGGCACAACAAAUUUUCCUCUGCAAGUAACACUAAACUGUCUUGUAAUCAUAUCGUUCGAUAAACAAGCUAAAUUAAUUUUUAAAAGGUGGUGUAGGGCCUGUAUAGAGUUUAUUAGAUCUCACUCUACUCAGUAAUAUGUGCAUUGUUCCAAAAGUAAUUAAAUUUGAAAUAUUAUCCUUAACAGAUUCGGGGAAUUUAUUCGUUACCAAAUUGAUUAGCUCGAGGUAAAAGUAGCGGGAACUUUCUUAAAAUGAACUCCAUAUUUUAAAUUUGUAAUAAAACCUACAGAAAUUUUGGUUUACCAUUCCUUGAAAUUUGUAACUGGGUAACGGUAUUACUUUUGAUGGACUUAAGAAAAAAUCUUAGCUCUCGGCUCUUUCAGUAUUAAAAUACCAUCAACGGGGGGGCCAAACAAUUUGAGGGGUGGCGAGUCCUUUAAUGCACAAGGCUUCAAGUUCAUGUUAGUAAGACUUUUUGCUUCGCAAAUAUUUCCCUAGUAUUCAAAGACACUUCUUGAAAUUUUAAGGCGUGAAAUGUGCGAAAGUAGUAUUUUCAUUUUACACGUUUUCUAGUGCAAUCUGGCACAUGAAGAAAGUGUCUUUUUUUUCUGGGAAGGAGCAAAACAAGCAAUUAUAUCACUAUAUCACAAGAAUAUAUAGUAUUCACCAGGCCUAUAUAAAAUAUUUUAUUACCACAGAAACUAUUUACCAUUAUGCAUAUUUGUACUGCGUAGUCCGAAUUUUUGCAUGGCGAAUAAUAAUGCUUGCUUGUAACUACUGUAAAUAGUAUGGGAAAGUUGUAUUAACUAUCGUAUUUGCAAUAACACUUAUUUUCACCUUAA